AUGACGACAGCGCACCGGCCGACCUUCGAUCCUGCACGAGGCAAAGAAGCCCAAAGAGGCGUUGCUUACCAUCAGAGACUACUCCCCGCUCAUACAUAUCUCAAAGUUCGGCAACCCGGGCAAGGUGGAGCAGCAGAUUCAGAGAGGCGGGAUUUACGAGCAGAGUUACUGGCGGCGGAAGCAGCCCAUUUCGCAAAGACCAAAGGAAUUACCACCGAAGCUACAAGUAGCUCCCCCAAGACCUCGAAACGCGAACUCGAGGGCCCGUCGAGCGAUGAUGAGAACGAAGACCCCGAAGCGAAACGAAGAAGGAUCCUAGAAGAGACCCGGGAUAUCGAUGCAGACUCAGACGGCGGCGGCAGCGACGGCGACAGUAGCGACGAGGAAAGCGACGAGGAGGACGAAACAGCCGAGUUGAUGCGUGAACUGGAGAAAAUCAAGCGAGAACGAGCCGAGCAAAAAGCUCGAGAAGAGGCCGAACAGGCCAAACAAGCACAAGAGCGGCGCGAGGAAGACAUUGCACUCGGCAACCCGUUACUAAAUCCCAAGGCAUUCAACGUCAAGCGGCGGUGGGACGACGACGUGGUCUUCAAGAACCAAGCCCGAGGCACCGAGCAGAAGGGCAACAAGGAGUUUGUCAACGACUUGCUACGGUCGGAUUUCCACAAAAAGUUCAUGGUAAGAGCUCUACUCGCUGGAGUAUCGACGGUAUUGUUGACCUGCUUCUAG